AUGAAAACCGUCACUCUGUCUUCCUCGAGCCUCAAAGAGCUGGCAAACAUCAUCUCCCAAGCAGUCCCCAUUCUAGAAGAUAAGACCUCUAACCAUGCUCUUGACAUCCGUGGAAACGUGAUCGAGGCCUGCCAAAUGAUCCUGGCUCUAGUCACAUCUCCUGAAGAGAUUCUCAAAGGGAUGGUACUGAUUAACCUCGCUUCCUUGCAGGUCAUCAACCAUUACCAGAUUGCAUCCAUCAUCCCCCUCAAAGGAACGAUUGCCAUAUCCGAAGUGGCUGAUAAGUGUGGUCUACCUACAGACAUUCUAAGCCGAAUCUUGCGCCAGGCUAUGACCUAUGGUGUGUUCUGCGAGUUGGAGCCGGGUUAUAUUGCACAUACAGGCCUUUCGCAGGAGAUACUUCGACUAGAGCCGCUGCUUACUUACCAACUUGACGUUUGUCUGCCUUCUAUGGUGCGGCUUUUGGACUGGCUCAAGGAUGUUGACAGAGAUCAAAAGUCCGCAUAUCAGAUAGCCCACAACACCACAGACACAUGGUGGUCGUCCGCAUCCAAGAAGCCGGAGCUGAUUGAGAAUUACGGAAAGUAUAUGGCGUUGAUUACGAGCGGCGGGGCCCACGAUGUGAGUUACGUUCUAAAAGGCUUUGCCUGGGAGGAAAUUGGGGCCGGGAUCGUCAUGGAUGUUGGCGGUGCAGAUGGAUUCGUUGCAAUUAAUCUCGCAGAGUCAUACCCCGACAUGACCGUCAUUGUGGAAGACAACCUCAAACUGAAGGAUAGCGCAGAGGCGAACAUUCCCAGCCAUUUGAAGUCCAGGGUUUUAUAUUUGCCCCAUUCAUUCUUUAAACCACAAUCGGCAUUGGGUCGGGCGACCGACGUGUUUCUCUUGCGACAUAUCUUGCAUGACUGGAACGACAAAGACUGUCGAGCCAUUCUUCGAACACUGGUUGCUAGCAUGAAGCCAGGAGCAUCCAUCCUCGUGGCGGAGCAAAUCCUCCAGAGCCCCGGAGCUGUGUCAUGGCAGCGGGAGCGAGUCAUGAGGGCCCUAGAUAUGCAGAUGAUGAUCCAGUUUGGCAGUAAGGAGAGGACCUACGAGGAUUGGAGAGCAUUGUUCCUGUCCGUCGACCCCCCGCUGGAAAUGGUGCGUUGCGUGCAGCCGGAUGGCAGUGCAGACUCUUUCAUGGAAUUGAAGAAGGCGUGAUUGUCACAUCAGUCCACUCGACUUCUGUCCAAUGUGACUUGAUAGGAAAGGCGGCUGAAUGUGUGUAUUCAAGCCAAAUGUUGCAAGGGCCAUUCUAUUACCCGGUGGUGAGGUAUGGCGGUAAGUCGUUUCAGGGCGCCCAUUCUGUUGCUAGCUACAUUAUCCAGAGAUGGUUGGAUCCACAUGAGGCAUCUACGUUUAUUUCUUUCAUGCAGACUCGCGUCCUAUGAGAAAUCCAUCCCUUGCCAUUUGAUUCUGAUGGUCCCAGUUUCUGUCCCUUAGCUGAAUAGGAUCAUAAAUCACUGGCUUCCAGCCUUGGAGUAAUACAAACACUAUAUCACGCUAACAAUUCAACACCAUAUA